AUGAAGCCGAAGGAGCCAAGGAGGUUUGGGAAGAAGACGGAGGUAGUGAGUAGUGACGCCAAUGAGACGAUGAGAAGAACCGAAAAAGUGAGCUUCGGUGUUAAGAUUCUUAAGAAAGUCGAAAGAGAGAAGGAAAUAAGCUCUUUCAUUAAAUCAAGGUCGAUCGAUGCUGUUCUGUUCUUGCAGGAACGCAAGAAAGCAGCAGAAGGCCCCAUCAAUUCAAGAGCAAGGUGA